UGGUGAAGCUCAUGGGCAGAGUUUGCACUGGGGAGGGACAGUCUGUUACAUGUUGCCCAGAUGGCUUCUUUUGGGUGGAAGAGAAAGAUUGGUGAGAAAGUUUCAAAAGCUACUUCCCAGCAGUUUGAAGCAGAAGCUGCAGAUGACAAGGAUGUGACUAAUGAAGAUGAUGCUAACUGGGUGCAUGCAGCAAAGAGAAGAAAGGAAAUUCUCUUAGAAGACUGUGUAAAGAAAAGUAAGGAGCUGAAGGAGGAAGGUGCAAACUUGGCGGAAAAGAGGAGGUACCGAGAGGCUAUUCAGAAGUGGGAUGAAGCACUGCAGUUAACUCCAGAGGAUGCUACGCUUUAUGAAAUGAAAUCGCAGGUUCUGAUGUCUUUACAUGAAAUGUUCCCAGCAGUGCAUGCAGCAGAAAUGGCUAUCCAGAGAAACCCACGUUCCUGGGAUGCCUGGCAAACUUUGGGACGUGCCCAGCUUGGACUGGGAGAGAUAGCACUGGCAAUCCGAAGUUUCCAGGUGUCCUUACACAUCUUUCCGAUGAACCCUGAAGUAUGGAAAGAGGACCUUUCCUGGGCAAGAAAACUAUACGAACAGCAGAAGGCAACCAAGACUGAGGCAGUGCACACACUAGCAAAAGUUAAGGAGCAUGAACAAGAAUCAAUCCCAGACUAUGACUUUGAAAGUGAUGAAGUUGUGGCAGUCUGUGCUGCCAUUGCAGAGAAGGAGAAAGCUCUUUCAGAAGCUAAAACAGUAGUGAUUGUGUCUGCUUCAGGCACAGUAGAAACUGUUACCGAGAAGGAGGAUUGUCCUGCAACUCCUGAUGAAACCCUUUUCAUCAGAGCUCGAUAGGGCAGCCUUAUGGGUUGUCAUACUCUUUUAAGAACUACUGUUACUUAUUGUGUUGGGCUUCCUUUUUUUUUUUUAUUUAUUUUCUAAGCAGUGGGAGAGCCUACGAAAGUUAAAAAAAUUGCAGUUACUUUACCUCUGUAAAUUGAAAAAAAGAAAUGACCCAAAUUGUUUCAUGCUUAUUUUUUGAGAAAAAAGCCAAGAGCUUACGAACAAAUACAUUGUUAAAAUGCUUAACUGCAUUUUAACAACUGUUUUCAUCUGGCUGAAUUACAUAAUUUUACAACUUAAUGUCUACAUUUUCCCAGUAAUUAAUAAGCUUUUAUUUAAACUCAUUUUAUUGAGAAGAAAAAUGGAUUUUUUUAAGUCUAUUUCAGUCCUUAUUCAUUAACAUUGUUUUUGUUCCAGCUAAAGUGUGAACUGUUCUCUGUUAUCAGAAGUAUUUAUUUUCUUUAUGAUUACUUUUCUAUGAGGAAGCUUCCUAUGAAGUAGAGAUGGAUUAUUAUUUUGAUUGUGUGUGUGAUAGAUCCGCCAUCCAAUUUGUAGUCAAAUGAACUCAACAGAAACUUUCCUGUUGCUUUCAUAGGUGGAUGGGUUAAACACUUUCUGAUCAGAUGAAAGGGAAUGCUGUAUCAAACAAGGCCCUGAAUGCUUAGUUAUUACUGAGGAUUUCACCAGAAGAAAGAACAUUCAGCUAAGACUGAAACUGGCCUUGAAUGCUGUGCUACAGACAUCACCAAAAGUAAAAUGGUGGGAGCUGGAAAUGGGUAUGUCUGAAGUGUGUUAUGUUUAGGCUUUUAUUUCUUAGUAAGCUACUCUCAUACAAGGAGGCAAUUUAUUUUUCUUAAUUUUUAUGACCUGAUAUUUGAAGUGUGUUCUUAGUGAACUCAUACUUCAGGAUAGCAUUGCCAGAGUCUUCCUUUUUAUCCUUUUCAGAUUUUGGGUGCUGUGAUGGGUAUUCACAUUGUUUUAACUUAGGGGUGUAACAUAGGAGAUUUAUUGAAUGUUCAUCUUUCUUUAGAGGAAGGCAUGUGUUUGUGCCUCACAUGGGCAGUUCAGGGAAAUGAAGUCAGGCUGUUUCUUCUAUGUGCUCUGUGCAGAGACUGCUCUCUUUUCGCAUUGCCUGGAGACAUGAUAGAGAUGGUUGCCUCAUAAACUAGGCUGGGAAAAAAUGGUCAGUGGAGGAUUCAGAGGCAAUUCAGGAUUGGGAACACAUAAUUUGUACUUUAUGACAUUUUGCAUGAUAAAAACAUUUUUGAAUGAUAAUUUUAUAGAUAAGGGAAACCUUUUGAAAUCACUUAUCUUUGUAUUUUUCAUAUCUGAUUUCUAUUUUCAAAGUAACACAUUUUAAAAGGAAAUAAUGUUGCUUGAGAAGCAUAAUGAUUUUUGCAAUAGCGUAAUGUAGAAAAAUUAUCUCAGAUUAUGCUUUCAGUUGAAUAACUUUAUUGAGGAGGACACAGUCUUUCCAGAAAUUAAUUAUCCCUUUCAAAAACUUAAUUGCCAUGUUGUACUUCCUAAAUUUACAUUAAUUUUUGCAAGAUUCUUCCUGAAUAUAUUUCUGUGUAUGUAUGAAUUUUUAACUCUGUGCUUGCAUGUGCACACGCAGUUUUACACUUUUUAACAUCUCUUAAGUAUUCAAAAUAAUUAUAAUUACAGUGACUAAAAUAUAUUAAGAAAUGUAAAAUGUCACCAUGCUACAUCUUUAUUUGUUCAUUCAGUUCAGAACUAGAUCUUAAACGCUUACUGAACAGAUGUUUGAUUAAGAUACGGUUUGAUAGAUGGUUUAAAUUUUCCCAGUUAAAGAACUUGUUAAUCUUAUUUUUUCCUAACAAAUAAUACAAUCUAUUCAGCCAUAGGAAGUUAGUAUGAGAAGGAUUUAGACAUGUUUCUUCAAAGGAGACACGUUCUCUGGCUAGAAAAGGAAAUGUGCUGGAAGCUGUAAGGUAUGUUUUCAUUUUGAAGGAUCUUGGCUAUAAUCCAACACAUCUUUUCUUUGUGCUUUAUACUUGCGUCAGUGUUAUGUAUUUGCUCAUACAGGAAGAACUGCCUCCCUCCUCUCAGAAGUCCCAUGCUAUCACAGAAUCUGUUUCCACUGAAAUGAUUCACAAAAUUCAUAUUGACUUCAGCACUGCUGCACCAAACUAAUGGAGGGGUGUGCAUCUGCACCAUCAGGCAGAAUGGCCAAGCCGGCUUUGAGGGGUGGUUGUUUCUAUCCCCUGUGCUAAAUGUGUUUUCAUUCCGAUUAGAUUAGGUGAUGAACUCUAGGUACUGUCUGGAUUGUAGUGUUUUGUAGAGCACUGUAGAGCAGAUAAAUUCUUGCGAUAGUGUUAAUCUCAGACUGGGAAGAAGUUAAAAAAUUGGUGAUUUCAACAUUGUUUUUUAUACAGCAUGCCACGUUUUGCUUGUAUGGGAUUUUUUUUCAUCUGUUUGAAUAAAAUACUGACUUCUCUGCUGCUUA